UUAACGCCCCAAAGUGCAAACCAUGGCUCCUGCUCCUUUGGCUUCGGGAAGCCAUGGCGGCCUCCCUCAUGUAGCUAUCUUCCCGUUCAUGGCGAAGGGCCACACCAUCCCGCUCAUCCAGCUCGUCAACUACCUCCGUCACCACCAGCUCGCCACAGUCACCUUCUUCACCACCCCCGGCAACGCCGCGUUCGUCCGUGAUGGGCUCUCGUCCGGCGCCGGUGAUGACGACGACGACGACGUAGCUGUGGUCGAGCUGGAGUUCCCUGUCGACGCGCCGGGCAUCCCGCCGGGUGUCGAGAGCGCCGAGGGGCUCGCGUCGAUGGUGUCGUUCGUCGCCUUCACGGACACCGUGUCGCUGCUGCGGCCGCAGUUCGAGGCGUCCGUCGCCGCCAUGCGGCCUCCGGCGAGCUUCAUCGUCGCCGACGCGUUCCUGUACUGGGUCAACGAAUCCGCCGCCAGGCUCGGCGUCCCCAAGGUGUCCUUCUUCGGCAUCUCGACGUUCUCACAGGUGAUGCGCGAGCUGAGGAUCCGCCACGACCCGUGCGCCGCGAUGAAGCCCGGCGACGUCGACGACGACGGCAACCCAGCCACCUUCACGGUUCCGGAAUUCCCGCACAUCAAGGUCACGUUCGAGGAUCUCAUGGCGACGUUCGGCGAGCCGGCGGCGGUCGCGAUGAUGUUGGAGCUCGACGGCAAGCUGGGGAAGGCCAUCACGGAGAGCCACGGCCUGAUCAUCAACACGUUCCAUGGCCUAGAGGCUCCCUACAUCGAGUUCUGGAACGACCAUGUCAAGCCCAGGGCCUGGGCCGUCGGCCCGCUCUGCCUCGCGCAACCGCCGGCGUCGUCCGCGCCGGCCGCUGCCCGGCCGUCGUGGAUGCAGUGGCUGGACAAGAAGGCGGCCGCCGGCCGGCCUGUGUUGUACGUGGCGCUCGGAACCCUGGCGGCGAUCCCAGAGCUGCAGCUCCGGGAAGUCGCCGACGGGCUGGAGCAAGCUCAGGUGGACUUCAUAUGGGCAGUGAGGCCCAAGAACAUCGACCUCGGGUUAGGGUUCGAGGAACGCACCAUGGACAGAGGUCUAGUCGUAAGAGAGUGGGUGGAUCAGCUCGCGAUCCUGCGACACGAGAGCGUGGGAGGGUUCGUCAGCCACUGCGGGUGGAACUCGGUGCUCGAGAGCGUCGCCGCCGGCGUGCCGCUGGCGGUCUGGCCCAUGCUAGCGGACCAGCCAUUCAACGCAAGGUUCUUGGCCGACGAGCUCAGGAUAGCGGUUAGGGUUUCGACGAGCGACGGCACCAUGCGCGGCUUGGUUCCAAGCGAGGAGAUCUCGAGGGUGGCGAGGGAGCUGAUGAGCGGCGAGGUCGGGGCGGCGGCGAGGAAGAGGGUGGUGGAGCUGUCGGUGUUGGCCAAGGAAUCCAUGGUCGAAGGAGGACGAUCGUGGGUCGCAGUCAAGGAGAUGAUCAGUGAGUUGUGUGCAGCAAACGAUGUGUAGUGAUGUUGUUCUUGAUGAUGGUGUCUGUGAAUAAUCCUGGUUCUCUGACUUUGUUUAUAAAAGUCACAGAAAUCAGUUAAGUUCUGUGAAUUUUUCGUUUGUUCUGAGCUGCUUUGAUGCAUAUUUCACCCAUGUGUAUUUCACACAAAUUUCAUUAGGACGUGAAGUAAUUUUUUUUAAGAUGCAUGCAUCAGUUCUUUUAGAGCAAUUUAACGCGUCAGUUUUUAGGGACACUGGAUUAGUUAACGCUAAAGAGAUUCUUAUACACGUAAGCUUAAUGAUGUUAACUGGG